UUGUCUCUAAACACUUUAAUGUCACAAACUCAAGCAAAAGUUGAAUUUGACUUUGACGCCCAGCCAGCAAGUGGAGAACUUACAAUUAAAUCGGGAGAAAUUGUGACUGUUCUGAAAGAGGGAAUAGAUGGCGGUUGGAUUGAAGUUCGCAACUCUAAAGGAAAAGUUGGUCUAGUUCCGGCAAGUUAUGUGUCUAAAAUGCUUAUGUCCAAGAACACAGCAACAACGACAGGGGGACCGCCGCCUUCAGCACCCCCUCCUCUACCCCAAGUAAAUAAUCCUCCACCUUCUAAUGUGCCAGCAAUAUAUGAACUUCCGCCAGUUACCGCUCCUUUAACUACAACAAAAACAACAACAAAUACCCCUUCACUCUAUCCAACAAUUCAACAAGAACCUUCUGCACCAGCUUUUGACCCUUGGGAUGAUCCUAAAUUUGGGCAAACUUCAACAUUUGGUUUCAAAAACAACCAAAAUCAACCUCCAGAAAGUAGUACUGACCGAACAGCUCCCUCUUUUGAUGAUGAUUUUGACGAUGAUUGGUCUGAUGAGGAUGAGGAGGUUGCUUAUACUUCUUCAAAAGAACAGCAACAAAUUGAAGAUGUUUUAAAUAAAUCUGAACAAGAAGAAGGAGGAAAAGAAGAAAAUAUUAAAACUAAAAAAGGAGGAGGAGGAGGAGAAGAAUUAUUUAAAGAAAAAACAAUUUUAGUAGAACAACAUUCACUUUUAACAACUUCAAGUGAAACAAGUAAAACUAAUACUACAACAACGGGGAAACAGGCUAGUAGUAGUUGUGAUGUUGUAUUCUUGUGUUUGUACAAAAUUUUUGUGUUGUACAAGUCUGUAUUGUUGUUGUUCUGUGGUUGUGAAUUUACAAGUGCAUCUCAUUCAAUUACUAAUGAUUCCACCACCAAUUCAACUAAUAAAAUGGUUGGAAGGAGUCAUUCUACUGGCCCGGAAACGGGUAGUCAAAUAAUUAAUAAACAACAGCAACAACAAAUAGCGACUGGGGGAACUACUCGAAUUAAAAAUUUGAAUAGAUUUACAAAUUUUGUCAAAACUGGAAUGGAAGGAUACAUUCUCUCUACAGCCAAAUUUACUUGUUCUCCAGUUGAACAGCCUCAAAUAAUUUUGGACGCAAGAAUUGGUGGAGUUGAAGGAGUUAUGUGGAACAACCCAUCUACUUUUUAUACUUGUAAUGUGACUAAACCUAAAAAAGAAACAAAACUUAAAGGGCUUAAAAGUUUUAUUGCUUAUUCUCUUACAUGUUCAACAACAGGAAUUCAAGUUUCGCGACGUUAUAAACAAUUUGAUUGGUUACACUUACAAUUGACAAACAAAUAUUUAAUUAUUCCAAUACCACCAUUACCUGAGAAACAAGUUUCGGGUCGUUAUGAAGAAGAUUUAAUCGAACAUCGCCGUUCUAUCCUACAACUUUGGGUCAAUAAAAUUUGUCGACAUCCAGUAUUAUCCCAAUCAGAAGUAUGGAAACAUUUUAUGUCUUGUACAGACGAAACAAAAUGGAAGAAAGGAAAAAGACUUGCAGAACGAGAUGAAUAUCUUGGGGGAAAUUUUUUCUCUUCUGUUAAUGCUCCAAAUGUUGUUUUGGAUGUGGCUAAUGUAGGCACCGCCGUAGAACGAUUUGCUCGUUUGUCACGAAGUCUUGACGAAAGUUGUCGAAAAAUAUAUGAUCAAGUAGUUGAGACACAAAAAAGAAUGGCUGGACCAUACAAAGCUAAUUGGCAAAAGAUGGCAGCUGCUUUCGAUUCACUGGGGCAGUCUUUGGAUAUUGGGGGAAAUGCAAACAAUUCUUCCGUUCAAAACGCCAUAAAAACAAGUGCUCAUGUUUUACAUAAAAUUGGUGAACAACACGAAGAAUAUGGACACAAACAUUUGGAACAAUUAUUAGAUUUUUUGUUUGUUGCUAAAGGAACGUUUGCGGCUAUACCCGAUGUUGUUAAUAUACAUAAAUCAGCAUUUGCUAAAAUACGUGAAAAUGAAAGGUACCAAAAUGAAGGCAAAUUAUCUGCUGAAGACGCUGAAAAUAUUCGACAAAAGGUGGAUGUUUGUUCUUAUUCAAUGCUUGCAGAAAUUAACCAUCAACAAUCUGAACGGGAUUUAGAUUUUGCUACAAUGUUUGGAUCCUUUUUUUCUCAACAAGCUGCAUUUUAUCAUAAUAUCGGAAAUCAACUUACACAUUUAGCUUCACUUUAUAAACCUAAAUGA